AUGGACGAAGAAUCUGCAUCUAAUGGUUCAAUCUUCAGAAACUUUGAAGGAGAAGAGAUGAUGGGAAAAGUAAUCCUCUUCGCAAUCGUCUCACUUUUCACAGCGAUUCUUUUCCUCCUCUUGCUCCAUCUCUACGCUAGGCUCUUCUGGUGGCGUGUAGAACGACAUCUCAACCUAAACCUAACCCAACCCGGCAGUCCUGGCUCCACAGUCAUCGGUCGUAACAACCAACGACGUCGUUUCGUCUUCGCUCAAGGUCAAGAAGAUCCUCCUCGCAACACCGGUCUCGACUCUACGACCCUCCAUGAGAACUUAUCGGAGAGAAUCGAAGAAGAUGAAGAAUCAAAGUCGCCGGUGUUCACAAGGUUAAGAUCACUUAAGAAGUUGUUGAGUAGAGAGAAGAAAGGUGUUGCUUGCAUUCCUGGUUCAAGCAGUACCAAUAUCAACAAUGUUUGA